CCAAACUGUAACACAGAAGAGGAAAAAAGCCAUUCCAAUUAUUGGAGCACCAAGCAGCACGCUAGAGACCCAGAAGCAGAGAACCAUGCCAAAGCCAGAGAGCAAACCAUUCGGACCAGGGAGGAACAAGUUGACAGAAGAAUGAAAGAAGUUAACACAAAACCACGCAGAGAACAGCAGAUCACAUUUGACAUCCUCAGCAGCCCCCAGGAGAACAACAUCCACUUAAGAUCCACUCCACCAACAAGCUGCUGAAGAAGCCAGGGAUGAGCCAGCUAUAAUCUGCAAACCCAGAAACCAGGAAGGAGAAUCGGACUUGCAGAAGCCAGCAUGAGGCAGACGGCAACCCAGCGCCAGGGCAUUUGUCACACCCUGGUAGCUAGCUACAUAGUGAUAUGCACAAGAGAAAUAUAAUUCAGUACAGGAGCAGCUAUGGCUUUGCACACAGCUCUUUCCCAACUCAUGUCGCUGGUGGAGAUACUACUAAUAGUUGCUAUUGCAGCAACAGCAGUAUCGCCUAGAGCCAAACCUGGCUGUAACGAUACCUGUGGAGACCUCAAAAUUCCAUAUCCAUUUGGUACAACAUCUGAUUGUUACUUCAAUAAAGAUUUCUUCAUCAACUGCAGCUAUCUUUACAAUCCUCCCAAACCAUUCUUGCGGAGAUCAGAUGUCCAAGUUACAAGAAUAGGCUUUAAUGGUAGUUUGGUGGUUCUGUUGCAAGUAACAAGAGACUGCUACGAUGUCAAUGGCUAUACCGACAAUGUCGAUAGCUGUUCCAGCUGGUCCAGAUCUUUAUCCAGAUUCAGUGUCUCCAACACUGAAAACAAGUUUACAGUCAUUGGCUGUGACAGUUAUGGUUACGUUGAAGGUUCUAUAGGUGAAAAAAUUUACAGAACAGGGUGCUUAACCAUUUGUGAGAACAAAAACUCUGUGUACAACGGAUCCUGCACUGGAAAUGGAUGUUGCCAGAUAGAUAUUCCUAAAGGCCUAACACAAAUCAAUGUGUCAGCAUAUAGCUUUAAGAAUCACAGUUUAGUAUCGGGGUUCAAUCCAUGCACCUAUGCCUUUGUUGCUGAGAAAAGCCGUUUCAAUUUCUCCACAGAUUACCUUUCCAAAUUAACACAAGAUCAGUUUCCUCUGGUGCUAGAUUGGACAAUACCUGUCAAUGAAACCUGUGAAGAAGCGAACAGCACAUCAUGUUACGCUUGUAAGGAAAACUCAGAGCGUUAUGUACGUGAGGAUUACGGAGGGUAUCUUUGCAGAUGCAAGAACGGUUACGAAGGGAACCCGUACCUCUCCAAUGGUUGCCAAGAUGUCGAUGAAUGCUCGGGCCCACACAACUGUACGCAUAUAUGCAACAAUGAAGAAGGGAGUUAUUCAUGCAAGUGCCGCGAGGGCUUCCACGGUGAUGGCCGAAAAGACGGAGAAGGUUGCAUCCCUGAUGUUCAUUUACUCGUCAAAGUCGCUUUGGGUGUUGGCAUAUCCCUUGCGGUUCUGCUUGUGAGUAGCACCUGGCUCUACUUGGUUUUGAAGAAGAGAAAGCUCAUGAAACUUAAAGAGAAGUUCUUUAAGCAAAACGGUGGUCUCCUUUUACAACAGGAACUCUCAAAACGAAGUAGAUCUUCUGAAAAAGCAAAAAUUUUUACAGCAGAGGAACUCCAAAAGGCUACUGAUAACUAUGAUGAUAGUAGAAUCAUUGGCCAGGGAGGUUUUGGCACAGUAUAUAAAGGAUUUCUAACUGACAGUAGCUCAGUUGCCAUAAAGAAGUCCAAAAUAAUAGAUAAAAACCAAACUGAGCAAUUCGUUAAUGAAGUAGUUGUGCUCUCACAAAUUAACCAUAGAAAUGUGGUCAGGCUCUUGGGUUGUUGUUUAGAGACUGAAGUUCCUCUACUAGUUUACGAAUUUGUCAACAAUGGUACACUCUUUGAGCACAUCCACAAUAAAGACAAAGCACCCAACAUUUCUUGGGAAACUCGUCUAAGAAUAGCUGCCGAAACUGCGGGAGUCCUAUUCUAUUUGCACUCCGCUGCCGCUACUCCGAUAAUACAUAGAGAUGUCAAGUCCGCCAAUAUACUCUUAGACCACAACUUCACAGCCAAAGUGUCCGAUUUUGGAACUUCAAAGUUGGUUGCAAUUGACGAAACACAAUUGUCCACAGUGGUUCAGGGCACACUCGGGUAUUUAGACCCUGAAUAUUUGCAUACUAGCCAAUUGACUGAGAAAAGUGAUGUGUACAGCUUUGGAGUUGUCCUUGUGGAAUUAUUGACGGGAAAGAAGGCACUUUGGUUUGAAAAGCCUGAGGGGCAAAGAAGCCUUGUUAUGUAUUUUCUUACUUCUUUGAAACAAGGUUGUUUGUUUGAAAUUCUUGAGAAUCAUAUCUUAAAGGAUGGGAAUGAAGGGCAGCUCAAGGAAGUGGCUCAGUUAGCAAAAAUAUGCUUAAAUGUGAAAGGAGAAGAGAGGCCUACAAUGAGGGAAGUAGCAAUGGAAUUAGACAGAUUAAGAAUGAUGGACAAACUUUCAUGGGUUAAUGUCGAACUGAAUCCAGAAGAGAUGGAGUGCUCAGCACAAGAAGGUACGACAACUUCAAAGACCAUGUAUUAGUGGUGCUCGAUGACGGGUGAUGAUUAUUGCUGCAUGAUCUUACCAUUAUAUUUUUUCCUAUGGACAUUGUUAUGCAAUAAGGCAUUGUCAUUGUUAGAGCUUGAGCAUUUUAAAAAAUGAUUUAGUUGUUGCUUCAUGUAUAAGUAAUUUUAAUUUUGUUAUUGAUUUUUGUCUAAACUUUUCAUUUCCAGUUUGCAGUAUUACAAAUGAACUUGUUCUUGUGAAAGUUAUUUACUUUUCCUA